UGGUAGUCAGGCUAGGCUGCGGCGCGCAGGGGAAGGAGACGCUGCCCUUCCGAAGCCAUGGGAUGUGCCUGGAGAGAAAAUUCACAAUUGGAGACCGAUUCUGGAAUCCCAAGGCACAUUUUGAAACAAAGUUGGAUUUCUUUGUGAACUCUCUGAGCAGUUCCCAUAAGUGUCCUUCCCACACGCUGACUCCUGUGCGUAUUCUGAGCCUCAUUCAGACAUGGCCUUUCAGAGAACGGAGGGAAUGUCCAUCAUCCAGGCCUUGGCAAUGACAGUGGCAGAAAUCCCUGUGUUUCUUUACACGACAUUUGGGCAGUCUGUCUUCUCUCAGCUGAGACUCUCCCCAGGCCUGAGGAAGGUGCUGUUUGCUACAGCUCUUGGGACAGUUGCCUUAGCUCUUGCCGCGCACCAGCUGAAGCGGCGUCGACGUCGAAAGAGACAGAUCACCCCAGAAAAGUGUGGCAUUAAGCCUGGAGGAGUCCCUGCCCCCUCUUUACCAACCAAGAAGGUCCCUUCAGUGAAAAAAGGUUGGUAUUGCAAAAGCAGAUGCUGGGGGGAAAUGCAACUCAAAAACUCAAAAGGUAAUAACAAAAUGUUUUUAAAGUACAUCAGAAGCAGGAAGCCUGCUAAACACAGCAGUGCAUCAUACCACCUGGAAUCCCUACUGGCUGUGAACUCUUCCAGCCCAACACCAGCAUCUGCAGGGCCCUGGGAGACGAGAGCGAUGGAAGAUCCUGGAGCAGCUGGCGACUCUAGUGCUGAAAACCUCUAUAUUCAAGGGAUGGAGCUAUUUGAGGAGGCGCUGCAGAAGUGGGAGCAGGCAUUGACCGUAAGGCAGAGAAACAGCACUAGCACUCCAGUUUCUUGGGACAACACAAAACAUGAAGAAACUAUGUCUGAGGAGUUGCCUGAGGAGUCCCAGAAAAAGGAGUUUGCAGAGAAGCUUGAAUCUCUCUUGCACCAGGCAUAUCACCUUCAGGAAGAAUUUGGGUCAACGCUCCCUUCCGACAGCAUGCUGCUAGACCUGGAGAGAACUCUCAUGUUUCCCCUGACAGAUGGGUCACUGAGACUUCGGACAGAUGACGAAGACAGUUUGACUUCUGAGGACUCCUUCUUUUCUGCUGCAGAGCUCAUUGACUCCCUCCAGAUUGGGAAAAUACCUUUUCAACUUUCCAAGCCAGCAGCUGCAUACGAAGAAGCUCUACAGUUGGUGAAAGAAGGGAGCGUUUCAUGCAGAACACUAAGGACAGAGCUUCUAGGCUGCUACCAUGAUCAGGAUUUCCUGGCAAAGCUCCACUGUGUCAGGCAGGCCUUCCAGGCCCUUCUGCAGGAUGAGAGCAACCAGUUGUUUUUUGGAGAGGUUGGAAAGCAGAUGGUGACAGGACUAAUGACAAAGGCUGAGAAGAACCCCAAAGGUUUUCUGGCAAGCUAUGAGGAGAUGCUACAUUACGCACUGAAGCAAGAUACCUGGCCAACCACUCAGCGGGAGCUGGAAGGACGAGGGGUGGUGUGCAUGAAUUUCUUUGAUAUUGUGCUGGACUUCAUUCUCAUGGAUGCUUUUGAGGACCUAGAGAACCCUCCCUCCUCUGUCCUAGCCGUCCUGCGCAACCGCUGGCUCUCAGACAGCUUCAAGGAGACGGCCCUAGCGACUGCCUGCUGGUCAGUUCUGAAAGCAAAGAGGAGGCUUCUAAUGGUACCAGAUGGCUUUAUCUCUCAUUUCUACUCCGUAUCGGAGCACGUCAGUCCUGUUCUAGCCUUUGGUUUUCUGGGGCCCAAACAGCAGCUGUCUGAGGUCUGUGGUUUCUUCAAGCACCAGAUAGUGCAAUAUUUGAAGGACAUGUUUGACCUGGACAAUGUGAGAUACACAACAGUGCAAUUGCUGGCAGAAGACAUUCUGCAGCUGUCACGACGGCGCAGUGAGAUCCUCCUGGGAUAUUUGGGUAGUGAGACGACCCCAGAGAUGAAUGGGACACUGUCCAGUGAAAAUGGACCCCUGGAGGAGCUCAACUAAUAUUCAAUUAUGGGAGAAAAUCCAUUUUCUUAAGAGACCUUUUUCUAAGAGGUAGCUACACCACCUGUUGUGGUGAUCAGUGGCAACAAAACUAAUUCAUCCCCUGGCAUCACUGGAUCUGCCAAGAAUUACUACAUUUUAUAGCCAGUAGUGUUGGCUGGAAUAGCUCCAGGACCACUCACAGGCUUAUGAUUUGAACUCCCUCUUGUCUAUACCACCUCUUCUAUUUUUUUUUUAAUUUCUUUUAGUUGUGACAUAAACUGCCUGGGCCCAAGAUCCUACCCUCCUGCAUUGCAAGGGACAGCAGACAAGCACCUUCCCUCCACUAUGUGUUCUCUGGGAGCAGAUCCCUGAUACUUGCAGGGAGUGGGUGGGUAGGUAAAAUGGUGACAGAUUCUCGCCUUGGCUCUUACCUCCUCUUUGAUUGAGAAGGUAUUUUUAAAAGUGACUUCUCUGCCAUGUCUCUGUGGACAUUACUGCUGAUUUUAACUUAUACGUUUUAUGGUAUCCAAUGCUACUUUCAGAUAUGAUGGAGAGGAAGAGAAAUAAUUGUUUCCUGUGGGGAGGAAAAAUGCUUCUGUAAAGCACUGAAGACUAAAGAAUGGAAGUAAAAUGCAGAUUUUGUAAUGACA